CCCAGUGUCACUUUUGGAGAGGGUUUUCCUAAUGAAGCAGAAAGCCCAGCCCUGUCCCGUCCCUGCAUAGUUCAGGGAUAUUGAGCAGAGGAUCUCCUGCCUCUCCUGCUCCCACCCCCUGGCCCUCCUAAGGGAGUCCAUGUGGCCAGGGGAGGGGGCAGACCAGCCCUGCUUUUAUAAGGCUGGACUCGCAGCACAUCCAGGUUGGCAGGAGUGACAGGAGGUUUGGCUUGCUCUGAGAUACCCACCUCCCAAAGCCUGGGGUCCCUGGCAUGACCAAAGGAGGAAUGGAGUCAGUGGAAUUGUUCACAACUGAAGGCAAAGGCAGGGGUUUGAAAGCCCAGAAGGAGUUCUUGCCUGGGGAUGUCAUCUUCGCAGAGCCAGCCUACGCAGCCGUGGUUUUUGACAGCCUGACACACGUCAUCUGCCACACCUGCUUCAAGCGGCAGGAGAGGCUGCACCGCUGCGGGCAGUGCAAGUUCGCGCACUACUGCGACAGGACCUGCCAGAGAGCAGCCUGGCUCAGCCACAAAAACGAGUGCUCGGCCAUCAAGAGGCACGGCAAGGCACCCACAGAAAACAUCAGGCUGGCUGCCCGCAUCCUGUGGAAGAUGGAGCGGGAGGGCAGCGGGCUGUCCGAGGGCUGCCUGGUGGCCAUCGAGGAGCUGCAGAACCACGUGGACAGCUUUGGAGAGGAGGAGAAGAAGGAGCUGCGUGCUGACGUGGAGAGUUUCCUGGAGUUCUGGCCGCCCCACAGCCAGCAGUUCGGGAUGCAGCUCAUCUCCCACAUAUUCGGGGUGAUCAGCUGCAAUGGCUUUACCCUCAGUGACCAAAGAGGACUGCAGGCUGUUGGUGUGGGAAUCUUCCCCAACCUCUGCCAGGCCAACCACGACUGCUGGCCCAACUGCACCGUCGUCUUCAACAAUGGCAAUCAUGAGGCUGUAAGAUCAAUGUUCCACACACAGAUGAGGAUCGAGCUGAGGGCCCUGAACAAGAUUUCCCCGGGGGAUGAGCUGACGGUUUCCUACGUGGAUUUCCUCAGCCUGAGCGAGGAGCGGCGGAAGCAGCUGAAGAAGCAAUAUUACUUCGACUGCACGUGUGAGCACUGCAAGAAACAGCUCAAGGACGACCUGAUGCUGGCAGUGAAGGCAGGGGAAAGCAAGCCCUCUGCAGACACGGUGAAGGAGGUGAUCCAGUUCUCCAAGGACACGCUGGAGAAGAUCAACAAAGCCCGCAUGGAGGGACAUUACCACGAGGUUGUGAAGCUGUGCCGUGACUGCCUGCAGAAACAGGAGCCUGUGCUGGGGGACACGAACAUCUACCUGCUGAGGAUCCUCAGCAUUGCCUCCGAGGUGCUCUCCUACCUCCAGAUGUUUGAGGAAGCAGCUGACUAUGCCAAGAGGAUGGUGGAUGGCUACCUGAAAAUUUACCAUCCCAACAACGCGCAGCUGGGGAUGGCCGUGAUGCGGGCGGGAGUGACACACUGGCACGCUGGCCUCAUUGAAGUUGGCCAUGGCUUGAUCUGCAAAGCCUAUGCCAUUCUCCUGAUAACCCAUGGACCUUCCCACCCAAUUACCAAAGACCUGGAGGUCAUGCGCGUGCAGACGGAGAUGGAGCUGCGCAUGUUCCAGCAGAACGAGUUCAUGUAUUACAAGAUGAGGGAAGCUGCCCUCAAGAACCAGAAGAUCCAAGUCAUGCCUGAGCCCAGCAAUGAGAAUGCACCGAGCCUCUUCCACAAAAAGGAAUAAACCCAGAGCUUGACACCAAUUCGUGCCUGCAGGGUAACAUCACCCGUGGCACUUCCAAACAUUGGGAAUGUGAUACAGCAAUGGGAUAUAUCCACAAGGAUUGUUUCCAGUGGCACAAGUCUGACAGCGUGGACCUGCUGUGGGAGCAUCCUGAAAACUCUUCUGAGGGCUUAAAGUGGAAGAGGUCCUGGCAGAAACAACAUCCCUUUUUCUAUCACUAAGGCAUUAAAUAAUCAAAGAAAAAAACCCUGUCAUAAAAUUAUUUACAUUUUUAUUGGAAGUGUGUUUCUCUCUACACACGUCCUGGUUCUGAAUUCCUUUGUUAUAUUUUGAUGGAUUUUUCCUAAGGGGUUCUACCACUUCCUUGGCAUGACAUAAUUUCUUUCCCGUGGUGUCCAAGGGAUGAUAGAAGCGGGAAGCCAGUUCCAAGAAGUGUCAUGUACACCUAUGGGCAAUGAAUGCAAACUGAACAAGACCCACAGACGGUGUUUUGUGAUAAAUGAUAUCUUUUUCUGAUGAAAAACUGCUGGAAAAUUAUUUUGCAGCUGGCACAGGUGCAACAUCAAACUGUGGGCGAUUUGCAAGUGAGACUAACUGGAAUCCUUACAUCAAGAUAAGUUAAUUGAGAUAAAUUAUUCUUCUUAGUUACAAAUCAGAAAAUGCCCAAAGUGAUGGAUGGUCAUGGGGCCAUGCCAGAAACCAGUUGCUAUAGUUUGGUGCACUGGCUCUGUGGAUUGUUCUAACUGCACAAGCAGUUUCCAGGGAGGGGAAUCCACUUUUCCUCAUCUUUAGGGUGAGCUGGGGGCUCUGUGCCUUAAAACACCUGCCUUUUAUCUUAGGUGUUUAAUCAAUUUUGUGCUGAGAAAUAAGGGAUAGUCCAUAAAUGAGCUGCCAGUGGACUGCCAACAGAAUUAAGGAGAAGUCUAAUGGCUGAAGUUGGAUUUCUAGAUAAAAAAAUGUAUUUGUUGUCUGCCCAUAUGUCUCAAAAUCCAACUGAUUUCCUGCAGACUUUCAGUGGCAGCCAGGAGAGGAAAAGGUUUAUUCAAGAAUCCCCUACUUGCUCCUAAGCACAAUAGCAAGUAAAAAAACCCAGAUCUUUUCCUCUUUGACAUUUCUCAGUAAUUUUGCUGAUGUUUCUCCAGAUCUGAGUUCACUAAAGACCAACACCUGAUUUCUAGGCACUAUUUAGCUAAGCCCUCCCAUUUGUCUGUGAGGUGCCUCUGCUGCCUUGUGUGACAAUUCAUAUUGGUUCAGUUCCUGGCAUGAGGAUCAAUGUUGAUCUGUAAUAUCAAAACUUUUCCUGGGCACAGAGGAGUCCUGGCAGCAUCCUUGGAAAAGGCAGAUAAGAGGAAAGAGUUUCCUUUCCUGUGUGCAGCAGAAAACCACCUCUCCAUUUGGCCUGAAGUGCCAAGCAAGAGUACAGGAGAUGACUUUGGUGCUCCCUCUGUCUAGACUGUGAACACCCAGCCCAAUUCUCCUGCCAGGAGAGAAAACCUGUAUUUCACCCUGGAAGAAGUGUUUAAUUCCCCUUCAACCCAAUUUAUCAGUCUCAGCUCGGGGUGAAACACACACUGGAUACCUGAAGGGAGUUGUGACCCUCCUGCCGGUGGGAAGGGGUGGGGAGGAGAAGGGGAUGGGGUGGCCAGAGCUAUAGGGAUGGGUCCCACUGCAGAGGUGUGAGGAUGAAGACAGCAGCUGGUAGCCCAUGCUGCUUCUUUCCCAAGGCAGCUUUCCAAACAGGAUCACUGGCACUUCCUUGACUCCACUGAAACCACCCCAAAUCCUUUGGCCCUGCUGGUCACUCUGAUCACUUGGGCCAUGUCUGAAAGGAAAGGGAACAGAGCCCUCUUCCUGCCCAGUGCUCCCCAGCCCAGAUCUGCCGUGGGUGCAGGACCCACCAGGGCAUCCCCAGCAGCACCUGUUCCCAGGAAAGGGCUGGAAGAACACUCAUCAGCAUGUGUCCCUCAGUGGCUCUGAGCCUGUGCCUCGCCUCAACUCCAUUCUCCAAUAUCAGUACCAGCCUUAGAUCAGUUUGUUC